AUGUUGCCGUUGAUAGUUGUGCUGGCCUGGGCGACACAAGUUGCCGGCGAACGAUGUGAGGGGUUUUCCGUGGAUCGCUGCAGCGACCCUGCUCCGCUUUGCAAAAGGGCAAGCUACAUUGAGGCAUGUUCUUGCUCUGGAGGCUACGAGGCCCAGGUGCUGCGGCCAUUGACAAGCCUUGGCGUUGCUACUCCGUGGGUGGCAUUCGGCUGUUGCCCCAGUGACAGCGGAUGGGUUUCUGACUGCGGCCAGGAACGCGAGGCAAUCCUCACAACUGUUGGGGUCCUGCUUGCCACAAGCCUAGUGGGCAUUUUGUGGGCCAGCAUCAUCAUCAACUGCUGUAGGCCUUUGUUGCCCAAGAAGACAGCGGACGAUGCAAGCCUUGAGACUUCGCCGGUAGUGCUGGACGGCCUCAGGCUUCACGAAAGUGUAACCAUGAGCCACUGGUGCGUCAGCUUGGAGGACCUGAAGCAGUUCCGACGACUGGUGAUGCACGCUGUCCAGGAUGGCCGCAUCACACCGACCGAGCGGGACAAGUUUGAUCCAUCAGAUUGGAGGAUUGGGCCAUCAAUGUACACGGUAAAUGAGCAGUAUAUCAAGCCAAUCACGGCUGCCGCAGGGCGUGUGAGCUGGGCUUUGAUGAAGCAUCCGGAUGGGCUGCCCUGCGACUUAUUCAUUACGCACGCUUGGGCUGAGGGGAUCUUCGAGUUUUUUGACAAAGCGAUCAACUGCUGGCCCCGGCAUGCCGCUGGUGCUUAUGUUUGCUUCUUAUCCAACCCACAGAACCUGGACAUUGGGCAUUUAAUAGAACGCCCAGAGGCCUCGCCGUUCGCCCAAUCCUUGCAAUCUGCGACCCAGAUGCUAGUCGUGUCGAAUAGGACAUGCAGUAUCUACUCGCGGCUUUGGUGCGUCUAUGAAGCAUUCUUGGCAUAUUCCUGGGACAAGCCCAUCAACACGGCAAGGGCUUUGGCUCCAGGGGCUUUGGCACGAAGAUGCCGCGUCGCAUGCGUUUGUGUGGCAAGCAUGUCGGCGGGCUUGUUGCUUCCGGAAUUUCUGGAUGCCUUGGCCCUGCCUGCUCAAAUUGCAGCCGUGAUUUUUGUCCUGCUCUCCGUGGUCUUGCUGGGAUCACGCGGCCGCCGAAUCUCAGCAAUUCAUGAAGCUGCCGUGCUGGGUGCCGCAGUUGCUGCUGGAUUGGCUUAUGCUGUAGGGAUUGCGUUCGGGACGUUUGGAGUUUAUGCCCUACAGGACUUCUUGCUCAACGUGGGCGUAGUCACGGCUCUCGAGAUAGACCGGCAGAACUCUCUGCAGGCAUCCAAACAGGUGGAGGAACUAAAGCGCGCCUUCACGGCCUGUCACAGUGCUUCCUGUUCCUCCCCUACGGAUGCGGAAGCCAUUUGGGGGCAGAUCCGUGGAAGCAAUCGUGAGGCUCAGGUGGAGGAUGCAGUCUCCGUCUUGCGCUCGAUGAACGUCUUCAGCCGUGAGUUGCGCGCAACCGUGGAGCGCACGGGCCCUUUGGGCGAUGCUUCCCACUGGAACCGAACCAUCGUACUCGCGAGCUUCAUUGCUUUCUGGGGAUUUGCGCCAAUUAAGCUCCUCGCCCAUGGCCGGGAACUACCAGAGCUGGAUGACUCCAACCACUGGCUGCUAGUCCUCAUGAUUGUGCUGUCAGCUUUGGAAGCCCUAGCAGGCCUGGGCUUGUUUGCUGCGUUCCCCUUGGAUAGGAGAGCUUUUGCAGCUCGGAUCCAAGUUCUCUGGAUCGUUCUUCUCCCUGUCUACAUGGCCGGAUUCACAUACAACCUCACUUUCUAUCUCCUGCAGAUCUUCGUGCUCAGCCCUUUGACUCUUGCGAUAUCGGCUUUGGGGCCAAGAAGGACAGCCCGGGUUCCUGUCCUUGGCCCAUGCUUCGUGCGCCUGAUCUUCUUUGCGGGUGUCGCAAAGUGCCUGCGGAAGCUCGACCGGAAGCCGAGAGCGAGUUCUGGCCUGCCGCCUAGGCCGCCGGUGCCGACGGAGCAGUCAGUUUUCGGAGUUUCCGUUGAGGUCCAAGAGGGUCAGGAGGUUUCCGAGACCGCCCCGGAGGAGGCCGCCCCUGAGGCCGCUCAUAUCCGCUCAUGA